AUGUUUUACCACAGGGUUCGUAGCUUCUUUCCAGGAACUCGGUAUGAGCUUGGUCUUGAUGACCAAUUCCUCCAAGGAGUCGCUCGGCUCGAUCUGUUUCAGGUCAUCGACUUGAGCUGGUCUUUGGCCGAAUUGAUUGCCAUGGCGGAGCGACGAUGGUCUCAUGCGAGCAAGAAGAUGAGCAGGCAUCCUAACAAAUUGUCGCCUUCGCUCGGGUUCAGCCCCAUAGUGAAUCACGUUGCUAGAGAGAAGCUCUCCUCCUCCGAGACGGAAUCGCAAGAAACUGCCCUACGGCGAUUUCAGCAUUACAUGUUUGGGGCAUCAGGGAGAGUUGGCAGAGAGCGAGACCGAGACCAAGAAUCGUUCUCAGAAAACAGCGAUUCGGAUGCCCUUGUGCUGGCCUACGAUGAGCAGGGUCACGACGUUCGAAGACAGGCGAUCCUUCACCUUCUGAACCAGAUUCGCACUCCGCGAGAGAUGUUGGCUGUGCUGGAUAGGAGUAUCAUAUGCGCCGCGUCCAUUCAUGAUUCAAAGCAGGUGACACAUUGCGGAGGGCCAGAGGUGCAGUGGGUUGUAGAGCUCUUGGUUGAUGCGAGGACUGAGAAGCUGCUCUGGUUUCGAAUGAUUGGAGUCUAA